UUAAAUGAGGAAGUAUUGCAAAUUUGUUUCAGAACUUGUUUCAGCUGCUGGAAUUGCAGGUUUUUACGGUAAAGACCAGGAAAACUAGUUAUGUCAGCCCCAUACCCACAAGGAUACUAUGCCUCUCCACCACAUUACACCCAGUCUGCACCAGAACUGCACCCAGCACCACACUACACCCAGCCUAUACCCCAGCCAGGAAUACCUCUUGUCCCGCAAAGCAAUUAUCCACCACCACAUGCGCCAGAAAACCCAAAACCAACAGAUGGACACAACCAAAACAUAAACAUUACUAUUGCAAAUCCACUAACCCCAACUGUACCAGUUGCUAAUGCACAACCACUGCAAAGUGCACCAGUUGUUAAUGCACAACCACUGCAAAGUGCACCAGUGCAUACAAUCGUUGGAAGUUCAUUUCAAGAUACACCAGUAACAGCAACAUGUCCAAACUGCAACCAAAGAAUUAUCACAAGACUGCAGUACAGUGUUGGGCUUUUUUCCUGGAUUCUUUUUGCAGUUUUUAUGUUUUUCGGUUGCUGGUUGGGAUGUUGUAUUAUCCCUUUUGUUAUGGACCGAUGCAAAGAUGUAGACCAUUACUGCCCAAGCUGCAAUUACCUUCUGCACAAAUAUAAACGAAUGUGAAGAAAUAAAUAUAACUUUGCUAUUUUGUCUUUAUUACAACAUACAAAUAGCGACUUUUAAGAAUCAUACAGAAUGUGCACAUUUAUGAGUCAAAUAGAAUGUUGAUGUAUUUUAAAACAUUCUGUAAAAAUUUGGAAAUAAUAUACAAUAAAAAAUAAUUUUCUAGCUCUACCGCA